AGUCUCCCCCGCGCCUCGCUUCGGGCUCGUACGUAAACCCAAGUAUAGCGAAGGGUACCUAAGCAUACCAACGACUUUUACUCGUGUACUAGUGCGCGCGCCGUUCAACGAGAAUCAACGACCGACGACUACUGGAGGCAGCUUUCUCGCGUGCGCGUGUACCCAGUGCAAGACAUGAAGCGGCGAAAAAGUGUUUAGAGGACUGUUUCGAGCCAUUCAACCCUGUAACUGACGCGAGCGUUUGGGAUUUCGUAUAGAAAACGACAAGAGAGAGGUUCCAGCGGUGCGCGAUUCGGCGGACCAUGUAAAGAGUGCGCGCGACGGACAGGUUGUCGGUGCACGCGCUCUCACUCUCUCUCUCUCUCUCUCUCUCUCUCUCUCUCUCUCUCUCUCUCGUGAGCUGAAAGAGCCUUGGCCUGCGCUUGGGGCAUUUUGAAUGGCACCCGAUCUGGAGAAGAAGAGAGAGCCGAGGCGGGCAGCUGGUGUCGUAGUGCAUUCGGAGAACGCGAGGACCGACGACACGGGAGGCAUGCAACUGUUGCAGCGAUGCUCCAGCAGCUUCUUCGGGGACUACUAUCGGCACGGUACUAGUGCAGGCGCGGCAUCAACGGGUGUCCCAUCGUCGACGGUGACCGGGGCUAGCCUGAGGAGCAGCAGCAGCAGCCGCGCGGCGAGCAGCAGCAGUAGCAACGGAUCGACUACUGCUCCAGCCAGGUCUGCCCUCGCGAAUCCAGUCAAUACUCGUAGCAGAGUCAGUCAGCAGCAGCAGCCGACGCAGCCGCAGCCGCCGAGGAGUCACCAGCCGAGGCUCCCGUCCGCGGGAAGGGGCUCGAAUGAACAACUUGCCGCGAGCAGGUCGCUACAGGGCAGUACACAGGACCUCUGCGACAACUCCAACGACUCCGGCCUCGGGUUCGAGGAGCGCCAGCAGCAGCACCUCAACAAAGCCGCUCUUCUACACCCACGAUUUUCGUUCAAAUCGUUGCAGGCGUGGAACGGAGUGGCCGGGGAGGAGGACACGAAGCGUCGUAAGAUGGACAUAAAGCUCGAGUCGGAGGACGCGAACUUUGCCUUCCCCGAGGUCGUGCAGGGCGUGCAGAGCGAGAGCAAGAGCGCGAGCAGGAACAGCAUCGCCCACAGUGGCAGGACGCCCAUCAACGUCAACGGCUCGGUCGGCCGGGUCGUCGGCGUCACCAGGCCUAGGUCGCACUUGGGCGUGCUGGCCAAGAGGGCGCCACCCGCGCACCAGGGCCCGGUCACCCUCACCUCGACGUUGUCUAGCUUAUCGAGAAACGGCAAAACACACCUGCAGAUUGUCUGUCAGCCCGAGCAACAGCAUCGAGCGCGUUACCAGACGGAAGGAUCCCGCGGAGCCGUGAAAGACCGCACCGGCAAUGGCUUCCCGAUCGUGCGAUUGAUGGGUUAUGACAAACCGUCGACGCUCCAGGUAUUCAUCGGCACGGACCUGGGCCGCGUUGCGCCGCACAUGUUCUACCAGGCAUGCCGGGUCAGCGGGAAGAACUCGACGCCGUGCGUCGAGCGCAAAGUCGACGGCACGAUCGUCAUCGAGGUGGACAUGGACCCGGCCAAGGAAAUGCUCGUCACCUGCGACUGCGUCGGCAUUCUCAAGGAGCGCAACGUCGACGUAGAGCAUCGCUUUCCACAAGAGGCCGGAAUCCUGCAGGGCCGCAGCAAAAAGAAGUCGACGAGGUGUCGCAUGGUCUUCCGCACGACCAUCGCCCACGACGAUGGCACCAGCGAGACCCUCCAGGUCUGCUCGCAACCCAUCGUUUGCACGCAACCGCCCGGCAUCCCCGAAAUCUGCAAGAAGUCGCUGACGUCGUGUCCGUGCACCGGCGGCCUCGAGCUCUUCAUCCUCGGCAAGAACUUCCUGAAGGACACGCGCGUCGUCUUCCAGCUCGACAGCGAGGACCUGAGCUCCUCGCUCGAGCCCCACUGGGAGUGCACCGUGCUUCCGGACAAGGAGUUCCUGCAGCAGACCCACCUCGUCUGCGUGGUGCCGGCCUACAGGCGACUGGACCUCGCGCCCUCGGAGACCAUCAGCGUCAAGCUCUACGCCGUGUCUUCCGGCAAGACGAGCGAGCCCCACACCUUCCUCUACACAGCGGCCUCGGCGGCGCCGGCACCCUCUGUCGGCAAAAUCGAAAGCGCGCAGCCCGGCCUGGCCGCGGCCAAUGGAGAAGUCGUGCUGGCCUCGAAGCUGCCUCAGGCUACGUCCCUCGUUGUUCCUGGAAGCGUCACGUCCAAUGCCGUGCUUCCAGCAGCUGCGGGAUCAGCGAGUUUUCUGGGGGCCAUUCAGCCCGCCGCAUCCGCCACAGUUCCAGCCGUUAGUCCAGAAGUUCUGAAGAGCGACCCGAGUCCUCCGCCGGUGACAGCCGCGUCGCCCGUUACCCCGGUGAUGUUGUGGAGCUCGCAGUCCAGUAACCAAGGCGCUUCCGCCGAUGUGAUGAUGCCACCUCCAACCAAUAUGGUGACCAACCCCAUGAUGACGAGGAGAUCGUCCUCGAGCUUGCAGCUCAUCCUGCCCGACAAUCUCAAGACCGAAGUUCUCGACGAGAACAGUUCGAGCAGUCUCAUGGGCGACAACAGCAUGUCGGGCAUGCCUACCUCGACGCACAAUCCCACCGCUGUAACCAGUCCGCUAGAACAGAUGGUCAACGAGAACUCGAGAGACUCGUCGCAGAGCAGUUUGAUCAGAAACACCGUGGCGGCCAAUGGCUCGCCGGUACAGGAUGCUCUCCUUGGUGUCGUUGACAUGAUGAGGAACCAACAUCCAAUGGGCAUGGUCACGCAGACGUCGCCCUUCAAUGGCAUGCAUGAACAGUCGCAGGUAAAAGUCUUAAGCCCGCACCAUAUUAACAAAGACGCCAGUCCGAUAAUGACGAGCGAGGCGUGUAUUGCGAGUAACAUGCAGAGUCCCGGAGUCGUAGACCUAAGAAUGAAGCAUCAUCAGCCCGAAUUUAACGGCAUUGGUAACGGCAAUUUAGGUAGUUUCGCCGCGACACCCGCCGAUCAGCCACUACCCGCGCAAAGUGGCCACAGCAUCGAGAAAUACCUCAAUCAGAUUGAGUCCACGGUAAUGAAGAAGACCGAUCAGGAUUCAAAUUUCGUGCGAGCCUCUAUAAUAGCGAGUAGUCAACAACAGAGUCCAAACAUGUUGGCUCCAUCAACGACAAAUGUGCCGCUCGACGAUCUUGUUAAUUCCGCUGUCGAUUCGCAUCAAAUGGUUUCGCCUCUGAGGCCAGCCAACUCAAGUCCUAAUGCUAUGAUCAACCAUGUCGCUGCCGUAGUCGACCAGCACGACCAGACCAUUAGUAGUCCGCAGCAGACUACGAGAGCUACCCCACCGAUUCCCGUCAAGACGAUGCUGCUGGAAGCCCUCAUGCCCUCGAACAGCGUUUCGCCGCUGAGCGUGGAUGGCGGUAACACAGGACCGAGCGUACCCGUCCAGGUACAGGAGCCAACACCAGACGACAGUUUACUAAAGAGCAUUAACGCGGCCUUAUUGCCAACGAUCCAAGAGUCGCCUAUCGUUACUGCAGCAACUGCCGUAGCCGUCGCCAGCGUCAACUCGAGCGUCAAUGUCACAGCCCACAAUCCUCUCCAGGUAUCGCCCGAGGUGAUGCCGAGCGUCGCCACGGCGAUGCAGGCACUCGCUCAGGAUCCGGUCAAUUUGCAACAGCAGGUCCAGCAGGUCGAACAAGUCGUCGCGCAGGCUCAGCAGCAGGUUGAGCAGGUCGUGGCUCAAGCCCAGCAGCAAGCAGUACAGGCUGUGCAAACGGCGCAGCAACAGGUGGUUCAGCAGGUAGUUCAGCACGCUCAAGUGGUUCAGCAAGCCGUGCAGAAAGUUCAAGCAGUACAGCAAGCUCCAGCAGCACCAGCGCUUCAACAAGCCGUGCAACAGGCUACCCAGGAAGUGGUCCAGCAGGCCGUGCAACAAGCGACCCACGAAGUCGUCCAGCAGGUUCAAGCUGUGCAGCAGGCGGUGCAACAGGCCCAGGCUGCCCAAGCCAUGCAGCAAGCCGUUCAACAGGACAUUGGCUCGAUGCUCAAUCAGCCCGCAGGAUUCGUCGCCGAGGCCAGUUCAGCUCUGGCCAGCGGAGCUGCCCAAGAGCCGAGCCAGCAAAGACUAACCACUGCUGCUGAGCAGGCGAUCAACAACGUCAUUACCAACGCCACUCAUGAUAUUAUCAAUAACAGGCCGAUCACCACGACUACAGCUCACGCUAUCAUUGCUACCAAAAAUAUUUUGAACAGCGUGGCAACACAGAGUGCACAACUUAUGAACAGCGCGAUGGAAGGCAUCCUGCCAAAAUCUCCAGCAACGCAACAAAAUAUAGUUGAGCAGGUGGCCAGCAAGUCUCCGCCAACCGGGCCGAUACCCAUGCAGACGUCGUCAAAUGUCGCUCCAAGGCAGCCGGUGGUGAACCAGCAGACGCCCAUGCAGCAGAACAACGAGCCACCGCAGGCCCAGCAAGUGCCACAGCAGCAAGUCCAGCAAACUCAGGCCGGCGUUCUUAGGAAGUCUGAGGCCACGGCGAACGGCAUGAUGACGCAGGAUCUCAUGACUGACCACGAGCUGCUCAGUUAUAUUAAUGCAAGUUGCUUCGAUCCGCAGAACGGAUUUCUCAUGUAGUCUGUCGGUGAUGAUUGAUUGUCGUUAUUGUUCUUGUUGAGGACUCGGCUGACUAGUGCAGGACACGUGAGUCCAAUCAUAGUUUGUCAUUGAGUGUUUUACUAACGGUUCUUCUUUGUUUUCAAAUUUGGUUAUUAUUAUUAUUAUUAUCAUUAUUAUUAUUAUUAUUAUUAUUAUUAUUAUUAUUAUUAUUAUUAUUAUUAUCAUUAUUAUUAUUAUUAUUAUUAUCAUCAUUAUUAUUAUAUCAUUGUUCUUGUCGAUGGUAGAGGUGAUACAGGAGCGAAACUCAGUGGCUUCCGAUAUUUUCGGAAAUUGGUUCAUGUUUUCCGACUCGCAGACUAGAGAAAUCACAAGACGAGUGCACUACAUACGUAGGACCAGUCGAUUAAUGAAUGAUCGUCGUAUGUAAAAAAUUCUGUACAUAAUAAAUGAAUUAACUUUUAAGGGAUUAGAGUAAAUCGUUUUCUAGAGAGACCGCUGCGUUCAAAAUGUAUUCAUGACGAUUAUUAAGUUCUAAACUGUCAUCAAAUUUAGUAAUGAUUCUUUUAUCAUUAUUUUUUUCAUUCAAUGUGUACAUAUAUACAUUUUUGUUUAAAUUGAAAGUUAGUUUGACAAAGUACAAUUGAAAUUAUAUAAUUCGCUUCGUUAUCAUUUAUGAGUUUAUGUUUUUUACUAAUAGAAUUAGUGUAGGUUUGAUGAAUGCCAUUAGCCGAUCAUUUACCAAUAUACUAUGACCCUGUGAUGAAUUAUCAACGAAGUGUCAAUUGAUAUGUUACACAAAUUUGCUAUUAUACUUAAAAAAAUCAAGUAUACACACGCUGUUUAUUAUUCAUUGAUUUAUUAUUGAUGAUUUAUAUUCAAUAAUUCAUUUUUACCAUAGAAAUCCAAAAUAAGUUCCAUAGAAAUUACAAAAUGGUCAAAAAUUAUAUUUUCAAGUGACAUUAUUGUUGUCUUCAGAAUGCAGGAAAAGACACUUUAUUGAUAAACUUUGAGCUUCAUGCGAUAGUUUGAAACAUAAAAAGUAUAACAAAGAAAACUGACAAUGAAAUUAUCUGAUUUUAGGGAAAUUGAUUUGGUUAAAACAUUAAAAUCUGAUUCUAGUAACAAAAAAUGCAAAAAGUUGUCUACUUUGCUUAAAAUAUUAAUUAAAAUGGUAUCAUAUUUUGUAAAGUUAGCCCGCCGAUACUGAAAUAAGCCCUAUGAACGGAAAAUUAACACUUGGUGAAUAUUAGACAAAAAUAACAAUGAUUCGUUGAAUUUUUAAUCACCGAAAAUUAGUCCAUAAAGUUUGAGCCGUAACCGUUUACUGAAGGUUAGAAAAGUUCUUUUGUGAGCAUUGCAACUGUAUCCCUACAUACCUAGUAACACAAAGUGCUUAGAGGGUUGAAGGCGUUGAGUCUCACAAAUUUGUAUGUAGAACUUGAAUUUGAAUAUAGUAAAUAAAGAGAAUAUUGGAUUUAUAACACUGUUUACAACGUGUAGCUUAUACGUAAUUUCAGACGAAUUUCGGAAUUAGGUAAGGCAGGCCUAAUAGAGACGACAAGUGGUAGUAAUUGUUUUUAAACUUGUAUUAAAAUUAAUUAAUUUGACGAUUGUGUUCUAUAUUAUAUUGAUAUAUAAGCCUUAAGAAAAUCAUCGGUUUGUCUUGUAUUCCAUUCUAGAACAACUAAAAAAAGGUGCCUUUCGAAAUCUCGACCAAAAUGUAUCUCUUCAUUAAAACAAAAUCAUGCAUUCGAGUUCAGCGAACGGAUGGUUGUAUGAAAUCAGACGAGUGAAUGCUUGGAUAGAAGCAGGCGAAAAGUUAAAAAUGAGGAUUAGAAUUAUAUAUAUUAAGGAUAGGCAAGAUGUCGCCAAUUACUAACGUUAACUAACGACCAUGUUACGUGCUAUUUCAUAACUAUUGGAUUACGUCUAUGAAAGUUAUGGAAUGCCCUUAUUACUAUUUACUAUUGACUUGAUUUCAUUGCGAAAAAUGAAUCAUCUUGUUGUUUAACUAUUCGUUUUUUUUGCCACAUUAUCAAGCACCUGUUCAUUAUUAUUUUAUAGGAAUUUUUUGUUUUAAUCGUAAUGAUCACUGCAGUUUUUUGUUAACUAGUACUCAGAAGUAAAAUACAAAGGAGCAUGUGUGCGAUAUAUUGUGGAUAUAUAUGUGUGAAUGCCGGAAUAUGUGCGCGUGAAAAACAGUAGCAAGAAAAAGAAUUUUGAGAAGUAAAAAAUACAUAAGGAAAAAGGGCAGUUGUCAAGAUGAUAUGCUCCCCUUAUUUUAUGUGUGAUUAUACGCUGAUGUUAUUGUCGAUUAAGUAAACGUUCAUACAAAUAUAUCUAUACAAAUAUUAACAUGUAAAAAAAUGAUAUAGAGAUUAUAUAUUAUAAACUACGCAAGUUACGACGAUCUAGUUGAAAGUAUAUUAUAUGAGAGCGAGGAGAAAGGCCAUAUAUAUAUAUAUAUAUAUAUAUAUAUAUAUAUAUAUAUAUAUAUAUAUAUAUAUAUAUAUAUAUAUAUAUAUAUAUAUACAUACACACACACAUACAAUAACAAUGGUUAUAUUAUAUAUAGAUAUAUAAUAUAUAUUUUUUACGUUUACCCAAAGAGAAAAAGAGUAAAAUGUGUGUGAAUUUCUAUUUUCGUGUAUUUUGAAAAUGCAUUAUUCUGUGUAUGCAGCUUAUAUUAUAUAUUUAUGCAAGUACACAUCUGCAUAUAUUUCCAUAUAUUUGUACGAACCUGAUGUACCGCACGAAAAAUUGAACAUUCAUAGUAACGGUAAAGACGAGUGUGCUUAAUAGUAAUUAUUAUUUUUCCGAAUUUGUAAUGGACUGUAUAAGGAAAAAAAUGUCAAUGGUGCUGUGAAGUACACUGAAAGCCUCCCGAAUGAUUAAAAUCAUCAGAUAUUCUCUAUCUGACAGAGAAAGAAAAAGAGAAAGAGAGAAUUCGUUCACAAUAUUGGGUUUUCACGGAUUGAUAUUUUGUAUUUGUUAUACGGACAUUGAGCAUCUAUCAAUGCGUAUACCGUGCAUCGCUUCGGUCUAACUCAUUUUUGCGAGUCGGAAAACUAUGUAUACGAAAUUCCGCCUCUGCAGUGUGAAUUCGAAAACAAUUACUUUGUUAAUGUAUUAAAAGGCCCAACGAUUGCAUAUUUACACUCGAAUUCUCGAAACAUUAAGUUUUCCCUGUGCUACGUAAUACUUGUAUACUCUGUAAACCUGUUUGUAACUUAAAGAAACGUAAUAAUAUUAACAGCCAAUCGUUCAAAAUGCCUAUAAUGCUUGUAUAUCGUCGAUACUCCUAGGUUGGAAACAUUUAAUUGAAAAAAAGAUUCAUGCAUCAAUGAGCCGUAGAUUUUAUUCUUUACUACACGAUUUCUUUUUUCUAGCGAAACUGUACGAUCAUCGAUGAUUUUGCUUUGUUAAGUUUCUUUUUGUAAGAUAAUAUUGUGGUCUUCAACGGCCUCUUUGUUUUUAUACCUAUUAUUAUGUGUAACAUACAAUUUUUGUAACAAAAAAUGGAAAUCAUAAAAAUAAGUUUUUGCUGAA